UUCCUGUCGGACUCUUAUUUAGAGAACACUGAUGUAACUUUGGAGUCCUGGCUCUUUUCUUUUCACAUCUUAGUAGUUGUAGUCAAAUGUUUGUAACUGCGCUUCUAUGUAGUAUUUAUUAUUUUUGUUUUACCUUUACCAGUUUAAUAUAACUGUGCUUCAUACGUUAUGAUAAAAGUGAUAAAAUGCUUACGUUAAAGAAGUGUGUUUUCAAAUGAAGGCCAAACGGAAUCUUCCUUCACAGUAAAAUAAAAUGUCCAGUUUAUGGGAAAAAGUAAGAAGAACCCUGCCAUCCACUGAAGUGGAGUUUGUACUGGACUUCAAUGAAAAAGUUGACCAAAGUGUCAUCUUCCUCCUGAACAAAGCCAAGCAGCUACUGUACAGCGAUGAGAAAACAACCGAGUGUUUGCAGACCAGUGAAGCCAUUCUUGAUUACUCUUGGGAAAAGCUGAACACUGGUACCUGGAGAGACGUGGACAAGGAAUGGAGACGAGUUUAUUCUUUUGGCUGCUUGUAUAAGGCAGCUUCACUCUGCCAGACAGAAGCACCAGGAAAUGUGUAUGAAGCUCUAAAGAUCUGUGAUAUGGGUUUAUUGAUGGGAGCAAGCAUAAUGGAUAACAUUCUAGGAAGAGUUGUGAAAGUAUUGGUGAAUGAAAAGGCUGCUAUAAAAAGAUCAACAGAAGAAGAAAAAGAAGAAUCUUUUAACAUAAAGAAGCAGAAGACUGAAUGCUGGUUGCUGCCAGACAUCAGACCAGAAGUUGAGGUUUUGAAAAUUCACAAGCCAUCAAUGGAGCAUUUCAGAAAACAAAUCUUGAUUCCAGAGCAGCCCAUUAUAAUAGAAGGGAUUAUAGAGCACUGGCCAGCCUUCAAGGAGCAUCAAUGGAGCAUUAAAUACCUCAGAGAAGUGGCUGGAUGUCGAACUGUGCCUGUUGAACUUGGCCAGCGAUACACAGAUGAAGACUGGUCUCAAACGCUUAUGACGGUAAACAAUUUCAUUGAUAAGCACAUCAUCAACCAGGAAAAGUAUGGCGUAGGAUACCUUGCCCAGCAUCAACUUUUUGACCAGGUUCCAGAGCUGAAGCAGGAUAUUCGUAUUCCAGACUACUGUUGCCUGGGUAAAGGAGAUGAAGAAGAAAUUACUAUUAAUGCCUGGAUCGGUCCAGCAGGAACAAUUUCACCAAUACAUCAGGAUCCUCAACACAACUUUCUUGCUCAGGUAGUUGGAAGGAAAUACAUUCGCCUGUACUCGCCUGCUGAAACAGAAAGACUCUAUCCUCACAAGACACAGCUCCUUUCCAAUACCAGCCAGGUGCAGGUUGAAAACCCUGAUUUGGACCAGUUUCCUGAUUUUGCAAAAGCUACCUUUCAAGAAUGCAUUUUAUAUCCAGGGGAGGUUCUGUUUAUCCCACGCAGCUACUGGCAUUAUGUACGCUCCCUUGAUAUUAGUUUUUCUGUCAGCUUCUGGUGGUCAUAACAGUAUUUUCAGUUCAUAGAGACUGUAAAAUAAGCAAGUGCAUUUAUUUAUUAAAAUAUACUUUUUAAUUA